AUGUGGUCUCGUCUCGGUCAGUUCGAUGACGUCGUACUUGAUCUUCUUGGCUUGCUUCAUCAGAUCUUCGAUGGCCGCUUCCGAUGCAAGCGUACAUUUGUGCAACUGAUAGAUGAACAUGAAGAAGCGUUGUUACUAGAUGGUGAGCCAAGGGAUUUCAUGGAAGCAUACCUUCGUGAAGUUCGCCGAAACCCAGAGCAUGAUCAUAUACGCCGUCGCUCACUAUGUUUCGUUGCUGCCGAUUUAUGGACUGGUGGAAUGGAAACCACCGUAACAACAAUGCGAUGGGCGAUUAUUUAUUUGGUUUACCAUCCUUCUGUUCUAAUUCGAUGUCAAAUGGAACUUGAUAAGGUACUUCUAUAUCAGAAAACAUCUCAACCUAUUUCUACCGUGGUUCUGCGCAAAAUUGUAUGCAACUCACAAGAACUUCAAGAUCGUCAGAAAGCGAAAUCGGAUAGCAAUGAGACUGCCCAGCAGCAGUCUAAAGCUCUUCCGCCUAUACCCUUCCCACGUUCAUUCAUUAGACAACAAAAACCUAACGCCGCGACGAACGUCUCCAACGACUCGGCUACGCAGGCAGUUUUUGAGCUUUUGACUGAACAAGUGAUCAAUCAACUUGUAUGGCUUUUCCGAGGAGCAGUGUUCUUAGGAAAUGCACUGCCUGAUGGUUUUGCCAUAGGACAACGGUUGGCGCCAACGCUCGCCAUUGCUUUCACGGCUACAAUUGAGGAACACGACCUUUGCUUUAUUGCCGAUAUAUCGACGACUGCUUCCUUGUCUGUUCGUCCUAAGCAGAGAUUGACAACUGUUUCAAUGUACUAA